AUGGUUCCUGGUGGUGACGACAAGGUCCCUGACGCUGAGGACAAGGUUACUGACGGUGAGGACAAGGGUCCUGGCUGUGAAGACAAGGUUCCUGAAGGUGAGGACAAGGUUCCUGGCGGUGAGCUCAAGGUUUAUGGCCGUGAGCACAAGGUUGCUGCCUGUGAGGACAAGGUUCCUGCCGGCGAGGAAAAGGUUCCUGGGGGUGAGAACAAGGUUUCUGGCGGUGAGGACAAGGUUCCUAGCUUUGAGCACAAGGUUUCUGGCGGUGAGGACAAGGUUUCCGGCUGUGAGGACAAGGUUCCUGACGCUAUUCACAUGACAAUAAUAGAGAAAUUUCAA